AUGAACCUGGAGGUGACAGCGGUCAUUGUGGCUCUGGCCCCCGGGGGGCUACUAAAAGGUUCGGCCUGUGGGGUCCCCGGGGAGUUUGUGCCGGAGCUGGAGUUGGCCCGGGGGCAUUUUGCCCUCAACACACUCCCCCUGAGCGUUGGUGCCUGGCCGUUGCGGGCCGAGGGGUUGGAGUCAGAGACAAACCUGCUACACUCCCGGGACAGCGUCCCGACAGGCCAGCAUCCCGACAGGCCAGCAUCCCAGGCGGGACACAAGGGCCCUGGAGACAGAGAACGCCCCCCGGCUCUAAUCCUGAACUUCAGUCCCACGCAAGGCGAAGCCAGCUCACUGUCCAGGGAGUACGCUGUGGCCAUGGCCGGCCCCCAGGCGGCUGCCACGGUGCAGGCAGCCGCCCUCCCAGGCCGGGCUGCCCGCUCACGGGGAUCCCACGGAGCCCUUUCCACGUUCCUCCUGACCUCACUGUGGUUUCCACUCGGCCACGGAACCAGCCCCCCCCAGGAGGACCGUGCGCCCUCACCUGUCCUGAUUUCCCUCUGCUGCUGUGCCUUUGAGACUCUUCUCAAAAGCGUCAGCUCUCACAUCAGCUCCACACCGGGUGCUGCCCGAGCAGAGCCGGGUCUCUGCCCUCCGGGGAGCCCCAGUAGUGGGGGCGCAAACACAGCGGGCUGUUUGGAUGCAGUGCGGAGCGCCACCAGGUUGGUGCGUCUGCACCCUCUGAGACGGUGGACAGUAAGAGAGGUCGUGGGAGCUGAACCUUGCAGGCUUUCACGGGGAGCCCUGAAAACCUGCCUACUGCGCCACCUCUGCCGCCGGUCUGUUAGGAGUCGUCCUCUCACCUUGAGUGGGGCCGAGUCUCCGGCUCCCGCUGCGGGUGGUGCUCGCCAAGCCCAGGUUUCCUCGCUGCAGGAGGAGGCACCCUCUGCUCAGAAGACCCCCAGGCUGGCCAUCUUUCAGGCUCUCACAUGUUGUCAGGGCCACAGGUCAAAUGCAGGCUCAACGUGGCAUCAACAGGCGUCAGGACCGCUGGACGAGGGCCAAGGUCGCCCCGCUUGUCAUGACCUCUGCUACCAGCUCUUGGCAUACAUCUGAGCAACCAGACGGAUGCUUUUCACAGAUGCUGACAUAAACAGGGAGGAGGCUGCAGGCCCCGCUGGCACCGGCGUCACUCAGGCCCCGGCUGCCUCCCUGCCCCCCCUCACCCCCUCCACCCAUGGCCCCGUCCUGUGGGCAGAGGGGGGGCGCUCCUGGGGUGUAUGUGACAUGAGAGGGACCGGGGACAUGGAAGGCCUCUCGGGACUGUUCAAUAAACAGGUGGGAACACUGUCGUCUAA